CAAAAAAACUGACCACCAUUCUUUUCGCCGGGGUCUGUAUUCCCAAGAUAAGUUGGAAUAUUGUCUUACCUGCUACACUUCAAGCAAUAAACUUAAGUUCGCAAUUGUAGCAAUGCAUUUCAUAAUAUAGAAUUAUUUUUUUUUGUGUAUUUAUUUCGCAUUUUGUAUCAAUAAAAAUGCUUUUCACAUGAUAUACUUUUUUUUAUAAAGCAUGCUUCGUCAAAUUUCUGUUAGCGUGACUGCUGCGCUUUAAGCCACAUGACCUGGGAACAAAAAUUUUUCACUUGUACCAAAAAUGACAGACUUAACACUAUUUUGUCUUGUUCAAGGAAACGCGAUUUCUCAAGCUUUUCCCUUAAGCAUCAACAGUAAUGAAAAUAUUGGUCAACUCAAGAAAGCUAUUAAAACGAAAAAAAUUCCUGAAUUUAAUUUCUUCGAUGUAGAUAGGCUUAAGAUAUGGAAGGUUCAAAUUCGCGCUGAUAAUGAUAAAGAGUUAAAUAAACUUACACUCCAUAACAACGAUCAACUUCUCGCAGGGAGGAAGAUUAGUAGUUAUUUCACUGACAAACCACUCGACAAGCACAUUCACAUCGUUGUCAAGCCACCUAAGCUGAUACAUUUUAGUCUUGAACUUGUACUUGAGGCGGGACUUUUGAAUGAAAGAGAGAGUGUAGAAUAUCUAAGCGGAGAUCGUAUUUAUAAAGCAACGUUACGCGAGAGUUGUCUUUGUACCGAAGAUGGAAAAUAUUUUUCGUUUAUAGAAUUUAUACGAGUAGCAAGGAGAUUAAAAUCUGAUGAAACACCUGCCCCUUAUGAUUUUCAAAACCUAAGAAUCAACAAUAUAACUUAUCAGGAAGUCCGAGAUAAAAUCUAUAAGUUUGUUCCUUAUAAAUAUGAAGACAGUCUCUUCAUCGAUCAUUUUUCAAUUCCUUGGGGUGAUGAUCUUGAGAAUCGCCUCCGCCAUCUACAUUCGGAGAAAGACGUCGUGGAAAUAUUUUGGGGUCGAAAUCUUAAAGACGACGAUACAACUUGGCGUGUCUACGUGGUUUUUCGAGAUAUUUCUUGCCUACACAAAAGGACUGAGAGUGUCAUGGAAGAUCAAAUGAUUCGUUUCAUAACAGUAGGGGAAGGGUUUGCUAACACUGAAAUUCGACGACGUGCUAAUGCCGAAAUUCAACAACAAAGUUCCCACCAUUCGCUGUCAACCUUGAAAAAGGUCCCAAAAGAAUUGCGCAAGGCUUUUGAUGAAGCCUUAGAUAAUGAGCUGGGGCAAUCUUUCCGCGAAAUGCAUUAUAACCUGGUUGGCAUGAGCACUGGUUAUAAGCGAACUCAAGGCAGGCUUACUGAAAUCCCCGCUAUUAUACUAUAUGUUCGUCAGAAGGGCAUUCUACGCCGUGGAUGUGACAUAUUCCCGGAUAAGAUUUGUGGGUACCCAGUAGAUGUUGUUGAGGCUUGUGUUGCAACUCCCUAUGGUCAUGGUGUUAGUGCUUGUCAAGCUUAUCAGAAAGAUGUUGGGUUAGGGUCAAGUAUAGGAAUAACUGAAUCUCAGGGAACGUCUGUAACUCUCAGUGCUGUUGUGCGUCAAAAGAGAAGAUUGGCAUCCUCUCAUGUGAGCAUGUAUGCAGGUUUAGUGAAUCGAGUACUGGAAUGGGUGUCAUAAUCCAUCAGCCUUCGCAUAAAGAUCUAGAUAAUUUGAUAAAGUCAUUUGUUGAUAUGGCAAGUGAAGAUCCAACAUUCGAGAAAAUUUCAGCAAAUGCAAUUAAUAAUAUCAAUAAUAACAGGCAAAAUUCAGCCAUAGCACGUUAUGUGAGUGGUAUGCGAAGUAACUACUUCUCUGAAGUACAUCAGAAGAACUUUGGAAUUGAUGCUGCAUUUUGUAUUUUCGAAGGCUCCAAUCGUACAUUAAACCCAAACAGAUUUACAAUUCCCCAAGAGUACUUUGAAAAGGAAAAUCUUCCUGGAAAUACUCGUCUAAAUGGCUUUUAUACAUACAAAGAAUUUAAUAAUGUUGAUGA